GGUCGAGCGUGGCAGCCAUGGCCGGGACUCGGGACUGGGACCUGCGCUGCGACGCGCUGGCGAACGGAGAGCGAGGACCGCACACGGUAGCCACGAUGUGUGACGUGCUUCCGGAGAAGAAGGUGAGCCUAUGGGCCGCUCGGUCGCGGGAACGGUGCGUGGGACAGUUCCAGACUGAGACCGAGGUUGACCAACACUUGGGCCCCGUGACGCCGGUUAUCCCUGAACGCGCACAAGCCGAGGCGCUGAACGCGGAGAAGCUUGAGAAGUACAUCACGACCAACUCCAGUGCCCUGGUGGAGCUGGCCAAGCUGGAGGAAGAGAAGGCCAAGCAAGCCAAGGUGGCUGCGGCGGGGGGCGAGCAGGAGGACCCCGCACUCCUGGCGCGCAUCGGAGUCGUGAAGGAUGGAAUCUACAAGCGGAUGAAGCUGCUCGCCAGCUGGGCUGACCUUGACGACGACCAGAAAUCCCGCACCCUCUACCGAGAGCAACCGCAAGACGGGCGGACCCCGGCGGCUGGCUACGGGGCGAUGGGCCACGCGGCGGAGUACUCGGGCGGCGGCAGCCAGUACCACCACGCCCCGGAGACGCAGAGGGCCGCGCAGCUCGCCCGCGCCGCCCGUACCGCCCAGUACCACGAGCAGGUGCAGGUGCUGCAGGCUCAAGCGGCCCGCGCGGCGGCUGCGGCGGCGACUGCGGCGGCGGCGGCGCAAGGGAUCGCAGGGGGGCCGUGGGAAGCUCCCGAGCAAGCGCGGGUGAGGACUUCCAAGUACCACGGUGUCUCCUUCUUCAAGGGACGAUACACUGCACAGUUCACCUGGGGCGGGAAGCAGUAUUACUUGGGCCGGUACGACACCGAGGGGGAGGCGCACACCGUGGUCCAACGAGCCACGAAAGAAGUCAUGGAAACGGGGAGCCUGACGCUUCCGCGCAACCGAGGAAAUGAGGUGGUCCAGUUUGGUGCUCCUCGCUACCCCGAGGGUUGGACCGGCAACGACGAGUGGAGAAGGGAGACCAACGCCAAUGCGAUGGGUGGCGCCGGCAUGUGGAACCCCCAUGGGUCAGGAGGGGGACAGGUCGCGGCUGCACGCCAGCAGUACGCGCAGCACCAACAGCAGCACCAACAGCAGCAGCAGCAGCAGCAGCAGCACCAACAGCAGCAGUACCAGACGCAGGCGCAGCAGGCGUACCGCCACCAGGCCGCGGCGGCGGCAGCGGGGGUGGGGUACCCCCAGUCCGGCGCUAACUCCGCUUACCGACGAGACGGCAACCCCGGCAUCAACGCCGCCAGUGCCGCCGCAUCCGCCGCUGCAGCGGGCGCGCACGGUGGCGGCUACGCGCCCACGCAGCAGCCGCAGCCGCAGCCGCAGCAGCUGGCGUACGGGGUGGCUAAUGCCCAGGCCGAGUACGAGCAGCAUCAACGCCGCCUGCAGCAGCAGCAGCAGCAGCAGCAGCAGGCCUACGCCGCAGGACCUUCUCCGAGUGUGGCCAGCGCACAGCACCGAUAUCUCGCCCAGCAGCAACAGCAGCAGCAGCAGCAACAACAACAACAACAACAUAUGCAAAAGCAACAAAUGCUGCAAAAGCAGCAACAGCAGGCGCAGCAGCAGCAGUACCAGCAGCGACAGCAGUAUGCAGUACCCGUACAGGGCGCGACCGCGAUGGAAAUGGGAGGGGGAGGGGGAGGGUACGCCGUGCCCCGACACCAAUCCCACCUGUCGGCCUCCCAAGCCCAAGUCCAGGCGCAAGCUGCGAGGCAGCAGCAGCAGCAACAACACCAGCAGCAGUACGCUCACCUACAGGGCGGUGUUGGCGGCGGAUACCCGUCUGCAGAGCCGCCACAGCGGCAGAUGCAGUCGGCGAUGUACGGAGCAGGUGGGGGAGGGGGUGGGGGCGGAGCGCACGCGGGUAUGGACGCUCUCGCGGCGGCGUUUGCGAGCGGCCAACAACAGCAGCAGGAUGCGGACGGGGCCGCUUCUGCGCCGGGCGGCGGCGGGGGGGGGAUGGGAGCCGUGCUUCUCGAACGGAUGACACGGGAAGGCGGCGAUGGCGGAGAGCGGUGGGGGCGGUAAACCAGCCUUGGUAGGUAGCUUUUCGGGUUGAAGGUGUGCAUGAGGAUCGUUUUUGGCCGUUGUGCUGGCGCUGGGGUUGUGCUCUGCUUUUGUUAUGCGGGCGGGGGUGGAGGAUAAAGGGGUGAAGCAGAGAGGCAGAGGGAUCAAGUCGCUGAUCGACAAGAAACCCUUCAUCUGGAAGCGGGGGUGAGAUUUAUACGGUAACGGCAACAAUCCUUGUUUCGCCGCCUUGUAGAAAUAUGUAGUAUGCAAACAAGCGAUGGUUGUGGUGAUGCAUCAGUUCUGUCGCGUGAAUUGAGCAUCUGAUUGCUAGUGUUAUGGCUCGCCGAGUGGCCGGGUCGCGCACAGCCUCGCUCUGCCAUCUUCUUGACUUGCCAUCAGGUGAACAAUAUUGUUUGUCCGGGUUGGCAGUGUUCGUCGAAGUGACAGAAAGGGAAGGGGUUUUCGUUUGGUACUGUAGUACCGGUAGGUUGCUGUUCUGCAGCCCUUGACCAGAUGUUGAAAGUAAACGUGGGUAGAGUACUUAGUGUUGUUUUCAGGCGGGCAUAGAAUUCCUUCGAAGGAUCAUGUGUUAAUUUGAAUGGGCAUCCAAAAUCAUCGACUCGGGCAUGCCCCGCGUGCGUUGUCGUCAUUCAUUUGCUAAGCGGGGAAACAGUAGGCUGUAGUUAUUCUCAUCGCGCGCGGGAUGGGCACGGUGGCUGUGGGGGGGAGACUGGCCUUCAUUACUCUGCCUGUCGGGCUUUUAGUCUAGUUUACUUGUCAACAUCACUCAGCGUUGCCUGGUCAGAUGAGUUGCUUCGCUUGCUUGGAAAGGAGACUUGAGACUUCCAGGAGUUCCUCAGCACAUCACGUGUAAUUUUCAUCCCCUUGGGUGUAAGUGUCUCGAUUUUUUGGCCAACACAUCCUCUCAACUGUGGUUAUGUCUCGAAUGGGUAGUCUUUCCGUGUAUUUUGUGGCAGUGUGAGCGGCAUUAUGCCGGUGGUGUCGCGGGCAGGCAACCACGCCCGCUUCGAUUGUUCUUGACCCCGCCCGGCGAGCUCUCCCGCAGCUGCUGCCACUGAUAUCUUCCGCAAGUAAUAAUGUCCUCUUCGGU